UUCCAAAUUAAGUUACAUACAUACACAUACAUUAUUUUUCAAUAAAUAUUAAAUCUUAUACUUCGUAAAGCAUAUAAUUGCUUAAUUUCUUUGUGAAAGAUUAAAUGUCGAUUCAAAUUUGUUAUCGCCACCAGGUGGCGUUCAAGGAAUACUAAUUUGACCUCCUUACCUACCUUCUUAUCCUUGUGUGUAUUUGCUAGAAGUCCAAUUAGAAAAAUUGUUGUUAUCACGACUUGUCUACCGAUGAAUGAUUGACAACAUGUCAAUAUUGUACCCCUUGUGCUCUAUUAGUGGAUUAUACCUUCAGUUUCUUUAUAUUCUUAUUUCUUCCAUCUUAUUUGGUGUACCAGUUAUUGCAACAACCACAUCUUCACAACUAGUGAAAGUGGAAGGAUCAUUGUCAGAUUUCUGUGAACAAUGGGUGGCUUUCAAAGAUCCACAAACUGGGCGCUGUCUCCCCUGCUCACCCUGCCCUGAAGAUCAUUUGACUGUGGCUAAAUGUGAAUUUGAUCGUGACACAUUAUGCAGGCCUCUGACAGAUUUAGCCGAGCACAUUGAAUCUGUUGUUCAUAGCAGCAGCAGUGUCACACUGACUAAGAAAAACAACACCAUAGUCAUUGUAGAGCAAAAUACGGUGUUUGAACAUCUGCUGGGAGGAAUAGAAUAUUCACCUGCCCUGGUGGUCAUCUUAUCUUUAGUUGUUUUUGGCUGUAUUUCGUACAUCCUAAUGCAGUCCUUAAAAAGGUGCAGAAGAAAUCAAAAGCAACAACAUGGACUUAAAGAUCCUCUUCAUGAAAGUCUACUGGGCCAAGAGGAGCAGGAUGAAAAUGAUAAACCUGUUUUGGACAUGGACGAGAUGCUGGCGCAGCGUUUCGGACGAUCAUUAGUCACCAACGUUUACGUUCCCUAACUUUACUGGUAUUGUCGACUAAAUCAUCCAAAUUAUCCAUGUUUUGACCAUUGUCUAUAUGACCAUUGUUGGCAAAUGUACAGCAGUGCCUUCCUGUGAUGGGAUUCAGCCAAUAUAACCAGAUGAAUUGAUGCACAGUGUUCUUCAUGUUAAGUUUUCCAACGUUAAAGCUUAAGAUGGAAGAGUAAAAUCAGAUAUCACAAAAAUGUCGAUUCUAGCCAAGUGAAAUCAUUACCAAUAAUUCAUUUGCAAGGUGUUUCCUGGUCUUGAUUCUUAUGUUGCAGAAGGACAUUUUAUUGCUAUCUGUCGUUAAUAAUAAAUAAUGACAGAGAUAAACAUGUUAUCUCUGUCAUUGUUUAUCUGCCAUCAACCGUAACUCAUUUCAUUUUUAGGAAAAUGGCAUCCAAGGUUACUCCAUCCUAUUUCGUUUAUAGCGAUAGGUAAAAGUGCCAAUGCAAAUAGAGAGGUUGAACCGCAAUUGAAAGUCAUUCGAAACCAUGAAAGUUCUACCUAAAGAUUUAUUGCAUAAUCAUUUUCCAUCGAUUGAUCGCUUGAGUGAAAUUUUCCCUUUAAAAGAUAAUGAAGUUUCUUCCAGUUUUUAGAAUUGCGAAAUUGCGACUCUGACAGUGGCACGGUUAGUUUAAAUCCACCGUUAUCGAUGUAUACAUGUCGAUAGUAAAUUUUAGAAUAUUGGGGUCAAUAUAUGAUGCUGAUUACACCACAGCGUGUCACAGCAUCAGUGAUCCAUGGGGGGUCAUGUCUGUGGCAAGCGGACGUGAUCAUUUGUAAGUUUCGAUAAAGGGAUGUCGCAACUGAACCUAACCUAACCUGAACCGAGUCCUAGAUUUUGUCGCUUGAUAUUCUUUCCCGAUCGUUUGCAGCAGCUGUUACAGUUAUCCCAGCAAUGACCAGCAAAUAACUGCGAGUGUUGCGAUACAUUUUGGUAACUCGGUGGUGGUGGCCUGUUUUCUCGUAUUGCUUCACAGAGUCUCGCAAGUUAGCGGGUUCUGUUUUUUUUUGCCGUUUUUCUUCAAUAGAAAGCUUAUAUAAUGUAGCGCGGUUAAAGUUUCCCCCUCUUUGGCCACAUCGUGUACUGUUGGAUUCGCUCAUUGCACUUUAUUAUAUGUAAAAUUCCUUUCUUUUGCAAUUUAUCGAUUAUAUUCUUCGUUGAUCUUAUAAUCAAAUUUGCUGCCAGUGUUAAUGAGCCGCUAUGUGGGAGAGGCUUGACACGCAUGAUGGUUCUUUGACUUGGCUAGUGAGAAAAUUAGUGUUGAAAACUACCACCUUUCACUUUUCUUUUUUCGUUUCGUAUUCUCUAGAGUGUUUAGAAGCGAUUUGGUUCUCGAUUGCCGAGUCGAGAUUGUGGUCUUUAAGCAUUAGUACGCUCACUUUUUACCUUUCAAUUUGAAGGUGGGUCUAUUGUAUCAAAUUGGUAAAAGCGCUCAGGAAUCUUUCACACUUAACUGUCAACUGCGAUUAUUUUCCCUCUUCCCCAAAAAUUGUCACGCUUUAUUAAUAGAAAGUCGGUUACUGACAUCGCGCGUUUCCUCAAUAGAAGGGAAAAUUUAACAAUUAAAUUUGUCGGAAUUUUGUCUGAAUUGUUCUCCGUUCCUUCCUUUGUAAGAUUUAUCACGGCUGGAAAUUGUUCAAUCUGGCGAUGUAUGUAUAGCUCAAGCGUCUUUAUGCCCAGCAGGUUUCAAAGUGCCAUUGGCAGCGUAGAAAUUGCUUGUUAAUUACGCUGGGACUAAGUGACACACCGGCUGGCUGUCACUUUCUACUGCUACUUUAAUGCCGAAGCUGGGCGCUAAACUUAUUGCUCUAGUUCCUCCUCUAUUCUGCUAACAAUUAGCGUCGAGCAUACUAUCAAAAAUCUGGAAACAGCACUGUUAUAGCGGUCUCUUAGUUGCACGGACUGUAGGUCUCAACUCGCUCGAGGCGUUUACCUUUUAUCCAGUCCCGCAGUAUUAUUGCAAUUGAAACCACGCCUCUGCGUUGCACGCUGUUCUCCUGUAGCCCGUGUCCGAGGAGAGCACUAAAGUCAUCGUGUUUCGGCUCCGACACCAUCAGUAGUCGCUCGCUGCUCUUCCGUCUCUCACGUUCAAUCACCACACUCGCGCAGAGAUCAUGUUUAAGACGAUCGCAUUGUUGGUGAUCUUCGGAUGCGCUUUUGGCGCCCCCACUCCUCGCGUCGAAAAGCGGCAUCCAGCGCAAUUUAGAAGUGAUAAUCAUAACAAAUUAACCCCCGGUAAUGCCAUCAAAGAAUUGGAAUCUUCGCUAGACAAAAUCGACUCGAUUUUCAAAAAUCCGUUCGGGAAAAUUGGUUCCAACAAGAAAUUCGGUUUCCUGGCUGACGAUAAUACAAAAGAUUUUUUUCCUACUACUGAUGCCGAAGAUUUCGAAGCUGCAACUCGUCCGUCGCGUCAAGAUUCCCGAGAAGUGCUACGUGUUGCACAGGCCCGUGAUCCAUUUGUUGGCACAGAGGAGGCUGCGGCGCGUGCCAUCGACUCUCCACUGUUCUUCAACACAUUCGAUCACGCCCACAUGGUCACUGGAUACGCCGAAAGACGUCGCGAUCGCCCAAUGCUCUUUCGCAGCAUCCGGCCAGACUUUCCCUUCUCCGACAUUUCUAGGAGACGACAACGAGUGAAUAACUAAACACCCUGCAGGUCGGAUUUUAAAAAAAAAUGGUACACAGUGGUAUUUUCUCUUUAUAUCUUUUAGUUAUAUACUUUGAUAGAAUAUAUUCAGUGAUUGGUACACAAUCGAAAUUUGAUUGAACAAAUUAAAACAUGUAUGUAGGCUUGCGAAAUGUAUUGUCCAAGCUGUAAGAAAGUAUAUAUCGUUGUGCCCACUCAAAUAAAUGUUUAUAAAACAAAA